AUGAAGCCGAUAAUCGCCGUGCCAGCCACACUGCUGCUCUGCUACCGCGCCUACUCGCGAAACUCAUUAACUCCCGCCGGCAUCUUUGCAGCCGCGCUCACAGCCAUCGCACAUGCUGUCCACCCAUGGAACUUGCCCUUUGCUCUGCUCGUCGUCUUCUUCCUGGCCGGCACGCGAGCCACUCACGUCAAGGAAAAUGUGAAGGCCACCCUCACCCUGCACUCCAAGGGGUCGUCUGGUGGUGAAGGGCCGCGAACCCACGUCCAGGUCCUGGCCAACUCGCUCACUGCCUCGGUGCUUAGCCUGAUGCAUGCGUACCAGCUGCACGCCCGCCAGCGAGAAUUGCUGGCCUCGCCGCUUGGCAGCAACCCUGCUUCGAACAGCUUGUGCUUCUCGUGGGGCGGCGAUCUGCUCGUCGUUGGCAUCAUUGCCAACUACGCAGCCGUCGCAGCGGACACGUUCAGUUCCGAGUUGGGAAUUCUGUCCAAGGGCCAGCCGCGGUUGAUCACGAGUCCGACGCUCCGGAAGGUGCCGCGGGGCACCAACGGUGGCGUCACGCUGUUUGGCCUCGGCGCCGGGCUCCUCGGGAGCAUAAUUAUUGUCACGGCGGCGGCUGUGAUGUUGCCCUUUUGCAACGGCCAGACAGCUAGCAAGCUGGGCGGCGGCCUGCCUUGGUCCAACGAUGAGCGCCGCACGCUGAUUCUGGGCCUGACUGCAUGGGGCUUCCUGGGCAGUGUCCUGGACAGCAUCCUCGGCGGGCUCUUCCAGGCCACAGUCAAGGACGUGCGCACUGGUAAGGUUGUCGAGGGCGAAGGAGGCACGCGCGUACUCGUGGCUGCGCGCUCGAAGCCCCACAGCGCGGAGCACUUUAGCACCAGAGCCGAUGUUAAGGCGGCUCUGCUGCAUGGUGAGGGUCAUGAUGCUGUUGAGAAGCUCGACUCAACUGUGGAUGAGGGCGAAGGCGUCGACAAGUACGAUGCGCGGAAUAAGAACCGCAGGUCGAGCUUUGGCGACGAGAAGCCUUCCAGAGUGGUUGAGAAUGGCCGGGACCUGCUGGACAACAACCAGGUCAACUUUCUGAUGGCCUUCAUCAUGAGCAUUGGCGCCAUGGCGGUUGGGUCGUGGCACUGGGGAGUCCCGCUGUCGUCGGUUUUGCCAGCGGGAAUAGCGUCGUAG